AUGUAUUUGGCUUUUAGUUUGAUGUUAUCUGUAUUGCUAAAGUCGACUACAUCAGAAAUUUUUCAAUCUAAUCACUUCCUUUCACCGACAACCAUCAGAACAAUUGUGUCUCCGGGUCAAAUUUUCGAGCUAGGUUUUUUCACCGGCGACGGCGCUCAUUGGUAUCUGAGAAUUUGGUACAAGGAUGUCCCUAAAAAGGACUACGUGUGGGUUGCGAACAGAGACAAUGCUUUGUCCGACCCCGUUGGUAGCUUGAAAAUAACAGACUCCAACCUCGACAUCCGAGAUCAAUUUGAUAAACUGAUCUGGUCGACAAAUCUUCCAAGGAGAAAAACAAAUGAUCCUGUUGUGGCAGAGCUUUUAGAUAAUGGGAAUCUUGUACUGAGAUGCAAUAGAAGAAACUCCUCAAAUCAUCUUUUAUGGCAGAGCUUUGAUUUCCCGACAGAUACAUUGCUCCCGGAGAUGAAACUUGGCUGGACAAAGCGAAGCGGCAAAAACAAGAUAUUGAGAUCAUGGGCAAGUGACCGUGAUCCAUCAAGUGGGAGUUUCACCUACGAGAUCGAAACUGUUGGAGGCGCUUUGCCACAAAGAGUGAUAAAGGAAGGAGGCAGAACAUUAGUAUCCCGUGUGGACUCCUGGAAUGGUAUUGGGUCCGUUGGUCUACCCGCAACUCAUGUAACAGGAAAAAUCCAAUUUGAUUUUAUCAUGACGGAUGAGGAAAUCUCUUACUCCUUCAGACUCACCACGAAAAAUCUACAUUCGAAACUACAAAUGACCCAUACGGGGAGAUUGGAGAGGGUGGCAAGAUCUCCGAGAGAAGACGAGUGGGUGGCUUAUUGGAUAACUCCGACGGAUAGGUGCGACGAAUAUUCGGCUUGUGGACCUUACGGUCUGUGCAACAUUAACACAUCACCAAUAUGCUCGUGCAUCCAAGGUUUUAGUCAAAGGAACAAGGAGGCAUGGACGGGGAUGAACUUCAAGGAUGGAUGUGUUAGGAACACGCCACUUAACAUCAAUAGUGAUGGGUUUCACCACCUGAACAAGAUGAAGCUGCCGGAUUCGAAAGCUGUAACGGUGGAAAAGGGACUCGAGUUCAAGGCAUGUAAAAAGAAAUGUGUUAAAGAUUACAAUUGUACAGCUUUUGCCUGUGUCGAUAUGUGGAAUGGCGCUGGGUUGACUUGUCUGAUAUGGUCUGGAGAGCUAUUUGAUUCAAGAAUAUUUUCCUCCCACGGUCAAGAUCUCCACGUCAGAUUGGCCAAGACUGAUCUCGGGGAUGACAGAAGCAUAAGUAUAAAAACAAUCAUUGGCUUGGUUUUUGGAGUUGCGGCUGGUGUGAUCACUUUCUGCUUUGUCACGUUCCGUUUUUGGAAAAGAAGGCAGAAACGAUCAAGGGAGAUUGCAGUGGAAACAAAUAUUGAGGUAAUACCAAGCAGAAGAUACUUGUCUCCAUUAGACAAUGAAGAUCUGCUGGCAAGGAUGGACUUCAAAACCAUCGCCUAUGCGACCAGAGAUUUUUCUACCGUACUUGGACAAGGCGGUUUCGGUUUUGUUUACAAGGGGACACUACAAGAUGGCACUUUAGUAGCAGUUAAACGACUUUCAGAUAUGUCAGUUCAAGGGACAACGGAGUUCAAGACCGAGGUGGAGUUGAUUGCGAAGCUUCAACAUAUCAACUUAGUCCGCCUUCUCGGGUUUUGUGAUGACAACGGCGAAAAGAUUUUAAUAUAUGAAUAUUUAGAAAAUCAAAGCCUUGAUGUCUACAUAUUCGGCAAUACUACUGAGAGCCGUAAGCUAAAUUGGCAGCAACGAUUUGCGAUUGCUAAAGGGAUUGCUCAAGGUAUCCAAUACAUUCACCAAGAAUCACGCUUUAGGAUCAUCCACAGAGACAUCAAAGCGAGCAAUGUUUUGCUUGACAGAGAUAUGAUUCCGAAAAUCUCCGAUUUCGGGCUGGCUAGGAUCACUCGAAAUGAGACUGAUCAAGAUAACACACGGAGGGUAGUUGGAAGUUUUGGCUACAUGGCCCCGGAAUAUCAAACAAACGGAUCAUUUUCAGUAAAGUCGGAUGUGUUCAGUUUUGGUGUAUUACUCCUUGAGAUUAUAUGUGGCAAAAGGAAUAGGGGGUUUAGUAACUUAGAAGGUGACACCAGUCUUCUCAGCUGCGUAUGGAGAAACUGGGAAGAAGAAGAUUGGUUAAAAACGGUUGAUCCGCUUGUUGUAGAUCAAUUAUCAUCAUCAUCAUCACCAUCAACGUCACAAGAAGUUCAUAGAUGCCUUCAAAUAGGUCUCUUGUGCGUUCAAGAACAUGCAGCGGACAGACCAUUGAUGUCAUACGUCGUGAUGAUGCUCGGAAGCGAAGCACCGGUUCCUCAGCCUAAACCGUCCGGUUAUUGUUUUCACUGCGUUGGCAAAAGGUCACUUGAGAGUGGUUCUUCGUCAAGUACACAGCCAACCCAAGAUUCUUGGACAGUGAACCAGAUUACCGCUUCGGUCAUAGACCCUCGGUAAUGCAAGUACCAAAGAACGGAGGUGAUCGAUCGUAUGCGAUGGCAGUACAAUUGGAGAUAGCCGAAACAAAGAGUUGCAAAAGACAUACCAAACACUAAACGUUUAAUUAAACUAUUAGUUCGCGACCAAGUUGUGUGUUGGUUG